AUGAAUGGAACAGAAGGCCUUAAUUUUUAUGUCCCUAUGUCGAACAAGACUGGUAUUGUUCGGAGUCCAUAUGAAUAUCCUCAAUAUUAUUUGGCAGAUCCAUGGAAAUAUUCUGCCUUGGCUGCCUACAUGUUUCUUCUGAUUCUGCUUGGAUUUCCCAUCAAUUUUCUAACCCUCUAUGUCACCAUCCAACACAAGAAACUCAGAACACCCUUGAACUACAUCCUGUUAAAUUUGGCAGUAGCCAAUCUAUUCAUGGUCUUGGUUGGCUUCACCACUACCAUGUACACUUCCAUGAAUGGAUAUUUUGUUUUUGGGACAGUAGGAUGCAACGUUGAAGGCUUCUUUGCUACAUUGGGUGGAGAAAUAGCUCUUUGGUCUCUCGUAGUCCUGGCUGUAGAAAGAUAUGUAGUAGUUUGUAAGCCCAUGAGCAACUUCCGUUUCACCGAAAUGCACGCCAUCAUGGGAGUGUCUCUCACUUGGAUCAUGGCCUUGGCUUGUGCUGCUCCUCCUCUGAUUGGAUGGUCAAGGUAUAUCCCAGAAGGUAUGCAGAGCUCAUGUGGAGUCGAUUAUUAUACGCCAACCCCAGAAGUCCAUAAUGAGUCCUUUGUCAUCUAUAUGUUCCUUGUACACUUUGUCACUCCAUUGACAGUUAUCUUCUUUUGCUAUGGUCGUCUCGUCUGCACUGUUAAAGAGGCUGCUGCUCAGCAACAGGAAUCAGCCACCACCCAGAAGGCUGAGAAAGAAGUCACUCGCAUGGUCAUCCUUAUGGUGAUUGCCUUUCUUGUUUGCUGGGUCCCUUAUGCCUCUGUGGCUUUCUACAUCUUUACUCACCAAGGAUCGGACUUUGGCCCUGUCUUUAUGACCAUCCCGUCCUUCUUUGCCAAGAGCUCUGCAAUCUACAACCCAGUGAUUUAUAUCGUAAUGAACAAACAGUUCCGCAAUUGUAUGCUCACCACACUUUGCUGUGGAAGGAAUCCUUUGGCAGAGGAUGACACUUCUGCUGGCAUCAAGACAGAGACAUCUACAGUCUCCACAAGUCAGGUUUCCCCUGCGUAGAUCUUGUGCGGAAGCCUUGAAUUUCUGAAGACUUCCUUUGAGUGAUGGCAUACUUUCCCCUCUCACCAUUCCUUGUUGUCGGCGGCAUACCGCUUCUAAUUCACCUGGCAGCAUAAACUCCGUAGUGCAUUGUGAUGACAAGGGAAUGAAGCUAUACAUGUUCAAGUUGCAAUCCUAUUUACUCUUACCC